AUGGGAGAGGAGCGGGGCCGGUGGGAGAAGAGAAGGUGGGUGCGGAGAGAAGAGGAGCGGGUGGGAGAGGAGCGGAUCGGAUGGGAGAGGGGCGGGGCUGUUGGGAGAGGGGGAGAACAGAUGGGAGAGGGGCGGGGCCGGUGGGAGAGGAGAAGGUGGGUGCGGAGAGAAGAGGAGCGGGUGGGAGAGGAGCGGAUCGGAAUGGAGAGGGGCGGGGCUUUUGGGAGAGGAGCUGAGCGGAUGGGAGAGGGGCGGGGCUGUUUGGAGAGGAGCGGAUCGGGUGGGAGAGGAGCUGGGCUGGUGGGAGAGGAGCGGAUCGGGUGGGAGAGGAGCGGGUGGGAGAGGAGCGGGUGGGAGGGGAAAGGGGCUGUUCGGAGAGGAGCGGAUCGGGUGGGAGAGGAGCGGGUGGGAGAGGAGCGGGGCUGUUGGGAGAGGAGCGGGUGGGAGAGGAGCGGGGCUGUUGGGAGAGGAGCGGGUGGGAGAGGAGCGGGGCUGUUGGGAGAGGAGCGGGUGGGAGAGGAGCGGGGCUGGUGGGAGAGGAGAGGGUGGGAGAGGAGCGGGGCUGGUGGCAGAGGAGAGGGUGGGAGAGGAGCGGGUGGGAGAGGAAAGGGGCUGUUGGGAGAGGAGCGGGUGGGAGAGGAAAGGGGCUGUUGGGAGAGGAGAGGGUGGGAGAUCUGCGGGGCUGGUGGGAGAGGAGCUGAUCGGAUGGGAGAGGAGCGGGGCUGGCGGGGAGGAUUGGUAGGGUGCGGGCGGGCAGCAGGAAAGAGAUGGAAAGAGGUCAACCUGGGGGUGUUGGUGGAGCUUGGAAAAGAAAAAGUGAUCAUGCUUUGUCAGAAGAAGAGUGCGCAUAUGACGAUGGUGGAGGAAGGUGGAGGAGAGAUCAAUAUUCCUCUCGAGGGAGAGAUGGAGGAGGCACUGACGUCAGUGGAGGAAAGAGAAGCGACGGAGAUGGCUCGGUUGAAGGAAAGCAGGGAGAAAAUGUUGGUGGGCGAGGAAGAUGGAGGAGGGAUCAAUAUUCACCUGGUGGGAGAGAUAGAGGAGGCACUGGUGUCGGUGGAGGAAGGAGAAAAGACGGAAAUGGCUCGGUUGAAGGAAGGAAGGAAGAAUAUGACGAUAGUGGGGGGAGGUGGAGGAGAGAUCAAUAUUCCUCUGGCAGGAGAGAUAGAGGAGGCACUGGUGUCGGUGGAGGAAGGAGAAGAGACGGAGAUGGCUCUGUUGAAGGAAGGAAGGAAGAAUAUGACGAUAGUGGAGGGAGGUGGAGCAGAGAUCAAUAUUCCUCUGGAAGGAGAGAUAGAGGAGGCACUUGUGUCGGUGGAGGAAGGAGAAGAGACGGAGAUUGCUCGGUUGAAGGAAGGCAGGGAGAAUAUAAGGAUAGUGGGGGGAGGUGGAAGAGAGAUCAAUAUUCCUCUGGCAGGAGAGAUAGAGGAGGCACUGGUGUCGGUGGAGGAAGGAGAAGAGACGGAGAUGGCACUGUUGAAGGAAGGAAGGAAGAAUAUAACGUUAGUGGAGGGAGGUGGAGCAGAGAUCAAUAUUCCUCUGGAAGGAGAGAUAGAGGAGGCACUGACGUCGUUGAAGGAAAGAGAAGCGACGGAGAUGGCUCGGUUGAAGGAAGGCCGGGAGAAUAUGACGAUAGUGGAGGAAGAUGGAGGAGAGAUCAAUAUUCCACCGGAGGGAGAGAUGGAGGAGGCACUGACGUCAGUGGAGAAAGGAGAAGAGACGGAGAUUGCUCGGUUGAAGGAAGGCAGGGAGAAUAUGACGAUGGUGGAGGGAGGUGGAGGAGAGAUCAAUAUUUCUCUGGAAGGAGAGAUAGAGGAGGCACUUGUGUCGGUGGAGGAAGGAGAAGAGACGGAGAUGGCUCGGUUGAAGGAAAGCAGGGAGAAUAUGACGAUGGUGGAGGAAGAUGGAGGAGAGAUCAAUAUUCCACUGGAGGGAGAGAUAGAGGAGACACUGGAGUCGGUGGAGGAAGGAGAGGAGACGGAGAUGGCUCGGUUGAAGGAAAGCAGGGAGAAAAUGUUGGUGGGCGAGGAAGAUGGAGGAGGGAUCAAUAUUCACCUGGUGGGAGAGAUAGAGGAGGCACUGGUGUCGGUGGAGGAAGGAGAAGAGACGGAAAUGGCACGGUUGAAGGAAGGAAGGAAGAAUAUGACGAUAGUGGGGUGA